GGAUAGAAUCUCUAUAAAGACUCUUUCUUGUGCUUUCAAUCCAAAAUCCCCUUUUUCCUUUUCCUUCCUUUCUACAUAUCCCCACUACUCUCUUCUCCUUAAAUUCUUGCCUAUUUGUACUCAACAAUUUUUCCCCUUCACAUGAAAGUAUGGAGCUUGGAUUAAGCUUAGGAGAUACAAACACUACUAGAGCAGCAGCAUCUUCAAAAUCAUUCUUGUCAAAUAAGAACAAUAUUAUUUCUUCUUCUUCUUCUUCUGAUCAGCAGAAGGAUAGUAAGAAGAUGAAGAAUACUCCUUGUCAAAUAGGGUUUUGCAUGGCUUUGGGAAUUAACUCAUCAAGUGGAAGAGUACUCCAAGAACAAGAUGAUGAAAAUCAAGAAGAAAAUGAUGAUGAUGAAGAAAAUACUUCGGAAGAAGGGAAUAUUAAUAGUACAAAUAAUACACCAGUUCAGCUUGAUCUUCUCCCUCUUGUUCCUGUUCCUGCUCCUCGUCGUAAUCUUCCUCAAUCCCUCCAUUGGUCCUCCGAUAAUGGGAGUUCUGAAAAUGGUUCGUCGGGGAACGGUGGGUUGCCGGCGGCAAGGGGGUUCGACGUGAACAGGCUACCGGCUGCUGGUAUGGAAGAAGUUUCAUCUCCAAACAGUGUUGCGUCGUCGUUUAGGAUGGAUUUUGGUCUAUUCAAAAGCUGUGUUAAUAUUAUUGGUAGUAAACGAAACUCGGAGUCUGCCGGAGGGAACGACCCGGAAAGAGCAUCUUCAAGAGCAAGUGAUGAAGAUGAAAAUGGUGUGAAUACUCGGAAAAAACUUAGGCUAUCUAAAGAACAAUCUGCUUAUCUUGAAGAAAGUUUCAAAGAACACCAUACUCUCAAUCCUAAGCAAAAGCUGGCACUUGCUAAACAGCUAAAUCUAAGGCCAAGACAAGUUGAAGUCUGGUUUCAGAAUAGAAGAGCAAGGACUAAGUUGAAGCAAACAGAAGUGGAUUGUGAGUACUUGAAGAGAUGUUGUGAGACGCUAACAGAAGAAAACAGAAGGCUACACAAAGAACUUCAAGAAUUGAGAGCUUUGAAGACUUCUAAUCCAUUCUACAUGCAACUUCCUGCCACCACUCUAACUAUGUGCCCUUCUUGUGAAAGAGUGGCUACCACCACCACCACCUCCACCGCCGCGGCUCUUCCUCCGGUCUCCGCCGCCGGAACCACCACCACCACUUCCAAAGCACCUCCUACCACUACUACAAGUGACACUAUUCCUAAAGCAAUUCCAUUCCUUAAUUCUUCUAGGCCAAGAUUUUUCCCAUUUGCUACAACUAAUAAUAAUCCAAACCAUCCCCACCAAUCAGCAGCCUCUUAAAAAGAAUGUGGUUUUUAAUUUCUCUAAUGUAAGUAUACUAAUCAUUGGUUUGGUUUUUUCUGCCUCAAGAGAUCUUGGUAGGAUGAGAUCAUGAAGAGGGGCUUUUUGUGUCCUUUGGGAUUCUUGAUGGGUUUUUUUCUCGACUUAUUGAGACUCUUUUGGUUCAUUUACAUGAAGAAAAAAAGAGAAGUAAAAGGGUAUGAGAGAUUUGUUUGUAGUUGUACUAGGUUUAGAAGAAUUUCCCCUUUAAUUUUAUCUUGAAAAAAAACAGACAGCACCUUUUUUUGGUUGUAUGAUUUUUAUUUCA